CACAACAAAUAGCUCAUACUCUGGAUUUAUUUUACAUCAUCAGGAUUUCAAGUUCUUCAUUUUCAUCCUUUUGAUUUCGACAUAUGUAAAUAUAUAUCCAUCGCUUGUGUUAUCCAAGUGGGAGCGUGCAAUAUCUCUAGGAGAACAUCUCGUGUCACCCUAUUCGCGACGCGUUUCGCUGAGGCCUCACGGGCGCGGUCGUUCUUCAUCGCGACAUCGUUCUUCUCCAUCUGUUAUAUAUAUAUAUAUAUUUCGCAUUUAUCUUGUUCAUGGACAUCGCAUUAAAGGAUCCCGAUGAAUUUAUAGUCAUUUGAUUUUCUACAUCUUCGCCUUUGCAUAAAGGAACCCAGUGCUGAACCUGUAUUCACAACUAAAUAUGGAUUUGCAGUCUGCAUACGUCAUCAUGGCAUUAGCAGCCUUCUUUCAUCCAUCGGAUGGGACGCCUGGGUCUUGCGGUGAUGUCACUGGUGUUGGACAGACGAUACCGAUGUACAGAUCAUGUGGCCAUAUGUCGGACCUUAAUGGUGACAUGGUCCAAUCCGUUGCUGUGAUUGUUAAGGUCUCAUCUUUCAUGGAUAUGUCAUGUGGAAGACAUUAUAAAUAUGGGAUUACUUCGAACCAUAGAGUCUGCAGAAUCCCAGGAAAUAAUACUGUUGGGGAACCUAUGAGUACGAUUGCGGCAUCGACGUCAUCGACACAGGGGACAAUAAUGAUCAUGAAUCCGACGACGACACCAACUUCUACAUUGGCAACAACCGAAAUAACAUCCAGACCAAAAACUUCAACACCAGAAGCAACGACGGAGCUGACUCGACAAUCUACAUCGGCGCCAUUUACAACGCAACCAAAGAGCAGUUCCCCAGUAAUGGAAGAGUUUUCGACUGAAGUGCCUGCGGACCGGUCAUCAACAAGGAGCCUAGACGAUGUGACUCCACCUUCGAUCCCUCAAACCUCAACAUACAAGGUCCCAGAAUCCACAAGCUAUUCAUCGGCGUCAGCAACCACGACACAAACAACUUCGAUACACGUGACCACAACAAACGCAACAUCAAAACAAGACACCACAACUCAAGAAACUACUACACAACUACCCAUAGUACAAGAAACGGAAACUCAAGGAAUUUUAACACAAGGACCCGUAAUACAAGAAACCACAACUCAGGCAACCACAACACAACCACUCACGACACGAGAAACCACAACACAAACAACUACAACACUUGGUACCACAACACAAGCUACUACAACGCAAUCACCCACAACGAAAGAAACCACAACACAAACAAGUGCAACACUGGGUAACACAACUCAAUCGACUACAACACAAGUAACCACAAUACAAACAACAGCAACGCAUUCAACCACAACAAACGCAACCACAAAACCGGCUUCAACGAUAAGAACUACUCAACAAGAUACUACGGUGGCUCCAGGAAUCCCCAAAGUGUUUGUCACAGAUCACCAGAACAGCCGAAUCGUUUGGGCGGAUCUACAUGGUCCAGAGAGAAUGGAGUUUUCCGUCUUCCAGAGCCUACCCUACAAGCCCAUGGACAUUGCCUUUGAUCAUGUAGAGCAAAUGGUUUACUGGUCGAGCAAGGAGGAGAAAAGGAUCUGGCGAAUUGAUGUGAUCGGCGGUUCAAAGGAAGCGGUAAUCAAUCAGAAUUUCCAAGGCGAACCACUAGGAAUUGCUAUAGCGGAGCAUUCCCGACAUCUUUACUGUACAUAUCACCCCCGCUUCCCAGGUCCCUGUACAUAUGAAAGUCAGGGAUGGAUCAGUCGUGUUGAAAUCGGUAACCCCAACUCCGAGACCCUUUUUGUGGACGGUCUCUUCAAACCUAAAGCCAUCGCCAUCGAUGAACGCAAUGGGUAUUUGUACUGGAGUCGUCAUGAAGGAAUAGAUAGGAAACGAUUAAAUUCGACCUCUCCAUCGGUUAGUGUCGAAGAGGUCAUCAAUCUGCCUGUAUUUUCGGAGAUGAAUGGACUUAUUAUAAACAGCAAUGGCACGAGACUUUUCUUCUGCGAUGAGAAUUCUAAACGAGCUCUGUAUUUGGACAUUGCCCGAGACGGUGGCACAGGUAGCGCCGGGGGUAACGUUAUCGACAUCAUUGAUGAAGGAUUCCUUCUCCGUGACGUUGGCAUGGGGUUUGAUGGCGCGGCACUCUACUGGCUGCAGCCUGGCCAAAAACGCAUAGUCGUGAUGGACGACUACCGAACGAGCAAUGAAUUCCACUUCGAGGCGCAACAAGAAUUUGAUGACCCUCAACGUAUGCAUAUCGCCCGCGUGAUCGUAUAAACCAAUGCACGUGGGGUCAUUAUAACCUGUAAACAUGUGAAUAUUGUUGGUACAUAAAUUAUAAAUGGAGUAAAUGAAAUCAACUUGAUAACCGUCAAUGUACCUCUGAUUAGUCAGUCAAAUAUUUCGAAAAUAUGAAAUGAGAGCGUUGUUGACCACCUCGAUCAAGAAUAUUGACCUCGAGCGCAACUGCAUGCCGAGUUGGUCCAACCUGGCCGAAAAUAUCUCCCAGGCUUGACUGGUUUCAUCAGUUUGGCAGUGACGGUGCCAAACCAGCUCAAGAAGUGGAUAAGAUGGUGUUGCACGGACCAAGCUAUAAACUAUUUUCAAUAGUUUGACGACAAAAAAAAAUUGUUUUCUCCACUCUUUUUUCCUUCUUAUUCAAUGUAGAGCAGGUCGAAUGAAUAGUAAAAUAUGAAUUAGGCCUAGGCCUUAUUAGGAGUGGGAAAUGUGUACUUUCUUGAUGUGAUAUUGAAAAUAUUUUAAACAAAUAUUUCCAGGUUAUAUCCGCGUACUACGAUUUUAUUUUCAGACUCACAAUCAAGUUACUCAAGACUGUUUUUGAAUGGUCGCAAUUUGGCGCCAUCUUGUGACUUCACUCUAAAUACAUCGAUUUAAAAUACAUCCAGAUCGACUCUUGCCAGGGCCAAAUAUUCAUUUAAAGAUCUCAAAGGAAUAGAAUUUGGCGCCAUAUCUUGUGACUUCACUCUAAAUACAUCGAUUCAAAAUAAACCCACAUCGACUCUUGCCAGGAACCAAAUAUUUAUUUUAAAAUCUCAAAGGAUUAGAAUUUAAAUCCCGGGGAUUUAUAAUUAAAUCUAUGAUAAAAUCUUUAAUUCAAUUGGUCCCUAAAUACAGUCGAUCUGAAUUCAUUUCAAAUCCAUGCAAUAUAGAGGAUUGUCCUUCUUUCUGUUUUUUUUUAAAUCUCUGAUAUACAAUUGGAAGAAAAAAAUAAACAAUGUUGUCAGUUCCAUUGAAUCCAUUAAGGUAUAUAUACCAAUGCCCAUUUUCACCCACAAAGGUACUCCAUACUGUUUUCAAUGGUAGUUAUUUGGCGCCAUCUUGUGACACUCGAUAUUCCAGAAGACUUUACAUGACUGCUGUCGAUAACAUAGAUCAUAAAUACCAAAAAUCGACGAUUAAUAUACU